AUGACCCGCAUUGAUCCGAAGGAUUUCGAGUCUGCGCCGAUAAAGGUGAGCGGGCGGAUUCUGAACUGCAUGACGCAGCUGCCGAACCAAAUCUACAAGACGAAGAACGGCAAAUGGGACUUGAAACCGCUCAGAGGAAGCUCUGCGUUGCAUGCGUCGAACGCGUUCUUGAACGAAGCGACCAAUUGGGAGUCCCACUUGAUUGCCUGGACCGGCGAGCUGUACUCGUACAACGAGAGUGUGCCGCACUCGAUCCCCACGAAUCAGUCGAUUGAGAACGAUCCUCUGUAUUUAGACGACAGCGACAAGGAGUACGUGACGAAAAAAAUCUACGAGGCCAACAACGACGAAAACAUCCAUCCUGUGUGGCUUCUGCGCAAAGACCAGGAGAGAUGGCGGAAGUACGCCGAAAACGUGAUCUGGCCCACGUUCCACUACAUGCAGCCGGCUCCCAGCGACGGCCGCGAGGAGACCCAAUGGUGGCACGACUACGUGAAAUUCAACGAGGCGUACGCCGCCAAAAUCAAGGCCAUCUACCAGCCAGGAGACAUUAUCUGGGUCCACGACUACUACCUGCUGCUGCUGCCGCAGAUUCUGCGAAUGGAGUUUCCCCAGGCGUACAUUGGCCACUUUCUGCAUAUUCCGUUCCCGUCGUCGGAGUAUUUCAAGUGUCUGAGCAAACGGAAGCUGCUGUUGGACGGCAUGUUGGGAGCCAACCAGGUCGGGUUCCAGAACCACUCGUUUGCCAGACACUUUAUCAGCUGCUGUGCCAGACUGCUUGGCUACGAGGUGACGCCGGACGGAGUGCACAUCCACUCGUCCAACGUGAAAGUGGUGACGCUGCCGCUGGGAAUCGACGUGGCCAAGUUCGAGCAGAACGCGUUCACCGAAAGCGUCGAGUCGAAAGUGCAGACGCUCAAGCAGCUCAACGGCAACCGCAAGAUCAUCAUCGGCAGAGACCGGCUCGACCUGGUGCGCGGAGUGGUUCAGAAGCUGCAGGCCUUCGAGAUGUUCCUGGAUAUCUAUCCGGAAUGGCGGGGCAAGGUUGUUCUGAUCCAGGUCUCGUUCAAGCCGUUCUACCACAGCUCGAAGCUGGACAAAAAGGUCAACGAGCUGGUUUCCAACAUCAACGCCAAGUACGGCUCGCUCGAGUACACGCCCGUGCAGAACUACAACAUGAAGGUGGACAGAGACGAGUAUCUGGCUCUGCUGCGCGCUGCAGACCUGUGCAUGAUCACGUCCAUCAGAGACGGAAUGAACACCACGGCUCUGGAGUACAUUGUGUGCCAGAAGGAGUCCAAGUCGCCGCUGCUGCUCUCUGAAUUCAGCGGCACCGCAAGCGUUUUGCAGGACUGUGUUCAGGUGAACCCCUGGGACGCUGUUGGAGUGGCCAACUCCAUCAACGAGUGUCUGCUGAUGAGCGACGAAAGAAAAGCCGCUUUGGAGGCCAAGCUGUACCGGUCUGUGUGCAACAACACGAACCAGGACUGGACAUGCCACUUUCUGCAGAGCCUGAUGGACUUUGUGGUGAAGCUGAACUCGAAGCACGGUACGCCGUAUUUGAACAAGCCGAUGCUGCUGGAGGACUACAAGAGAGCAGGACGGCGUCUGUUCUUGCUGGACUACGACGGCACGCUGGCCCCGAUUGUGCGCGACCCAAACGCGGCCAUUCCCUCCGCACGGCUGAUCAACAUCCUCAAAACCCUGGUCAAAGACCCGAAGAACGAGAUCUGGAUCAUCAGUGGCAGAGACCAGGAGUUUUUGGAGAAAUGGAUCGGCUCGCAGUUCCCUGAGGUCGGCCUAAGUGCCGAGCACGGGUGUUUCUUGAAGAAAGCAGGCGACAAAGAAUGGAUCAACCUUGCCGAGCGCUACGAGAUGCUGUGGAGAGAAGAGGUCGAGGAAAUCCUGAAGAGAUACUCCGAGAGAACGCCGGGAUCCUUCAUCGAGAAGAAAAAGGCCGCCAUCGUCUGGCAUUAUAGACAGUCGGACCCAGAGCUCGGAAUGUUCCAGGCAGCAAAGUGCAAGGCCGACUUGCUGGGACGCAUGGCCGCCUACGACGUCGAGGUGAUGGCCGGCAAGGCCAACGUCGAGGUGCGGCCGUCGUUUGUCAACAAGGGAGAAAUCGUGCGCCGACUCGUGCUCAAUUCCGACCCGCUGGCGAACCAGCCGCGCACGUUUGAGCAAAUGCCAGACUUUAUUUUGUGUCUUGGAGACGACACAACCGACGAGGACAUGUUCAGGGUUCUGAACACUCUUGAGCAGAGUUGGAAAGAAAAGGAGCCUCGUGGCAUCUACCCGGUGACCGUCGGCCCGGCCAACAAGGAGACGGUGGCCAAGGCGUAUCUGUCGGACCCGGCCCAGGUGUUGGACACGCUCGGCCUGCUGGUGGACCAGGUGUCGCUGUUUGAGACCGCGGGAACCGUCGAGCUGGACGAUAGGGGCCAUUUGAAGAACAGCGAGAGCGCGCUGCGGUCCGAGAAAGCCAGACAGGCGUACCAGGCAGCGGAGGGGUCACGUGACAAAUAA